CCCAGCAAAAUGGGGAUCUCCACGCUCAUCCUUGAAAUGUGUCUUUUACUGGGUCAAGUUCUACCUACAGAUUUGCUCCUGAGGCUGGUGAAUGGAAGUAACCCCUGUCAGGGCCGGGUGGAGGUCCUGUACCAAGGCUCCUGGGGCACCGUGUGUGACGACUUCUGGGACACCAAGGAUGCCAACGUGGUCUGCAGGCAGCUGGGCUGUGGCUGGGCCAUGUUGGCCCCAGGAGGUGCCCGGUUUGGCCAGGGCUCAGGGCUGAUUGUCCUGGAUGACAUGCGCUGCUCGGGGCGCGAGUCCUACCUGUGGCGCUGCCCCCACAAUGGCUGGCUCUCGCAUAACUGUGUCAGUGAGGAAGCUGCUGGUGUCAUCUGCUCAGGUGAAUUAGACCAAUAUGCUACAGUCCAUGAUUUGCCGCUGAGGCUGGUGAACGGAAGUGACCGGUGCGAGGGCCGCGUGGAGGUCCUGUACGAAGGCUCCUGGGGCACCGUGUGUGACGCCAACUGGGACACCUGGGAUGCAGAUGUGGUCUGUCGGCAGCUCGGCUGUGGCCGCUCCAUGUCAGCCCUGGGCGGGGCCCACUUUGGUCAGGGCUCGGGACGGAUUCUCUUUGGUGAUGUGGACUGCAUUGGAUUGGAGCGCUACCUGUCAAGGUGUCCCCACAGUGAAUGGUACCACCAUGAAUGUAGCCACCAGGAUGAUGCCAGUGUUGUGUGCGCAGGUUGGCCGUACCCAACAACCGUGCUCUCUGUACUGGAUUAUCACUUGGCCCUAAGGCUGGUGAAUGGAGGUGACCGGUGUCAGGGCCGGGUGGAGGUCCUGUGCCAAGGCUCCUGGGGCACCGUGUGUGACGACGGCUGGAAUACAAAAGACGCCAACGUGGUCUGCAGACAGCUGGGCUGUGGCUGGGCCACGGGGGCCCCAGGAAGUGCCCGGUUUGGCCAGGGCUCAGGGCCCAUUGUCCUGGAUGACGUGAGCUGCUCAGGGCAAGAGUCUUACCUGUGGAGCUGCCCCCAUAGAGGCUGGCUGUCCCAUAACUGUGCCCAUAGUGAGGACGCUGGUGUCAUCUGCUCAGCUGUCCUGCCACAGUCCACGGCCAGGCCAGCUUGGUGGCCCACAACGUCUCCUUCCCAUGGAUCUGAUGCUGGUUUGGCCCUGAGGCUGGUGAACGGAGGUGACCGGUGUCAGGGCCGGGUGGAGGUCCUGUACCAGGGCUCCUGGGGCACCGUGUGUGACGACGCCUGGGAUACAAACGACGCCAACGUGGUCUGCAGGCAGCUGGGCUGUGGCUGUGACCGGUGUCAGGGCCGGGUGGAGGUCCUGUACCGAGGCUCCUGGGGCACCGUGUGUGACGACGCCUGGGAUACAAACGACGCCAACGUGGUCUGCAGGCAGAUGGGCUGUGGCUGGGCCACGGCGGCCCCAGGAAGUGCCCGGUUUGGCCAGGGCUCAGGGCCCAUUGUCCUGGAUGACGUGAGCUGCUCAGGGCACGAGUCCUACCUGUGGAGCUGCCCGCACAGAGGCUGGCUGUCCCACAACUGUGCCCAUAGUGAGGACGCUGGUGUCAUCUGCUCAGCUGUCCUCCCACAGUCGACGACCACACCAGCUUGGUGGCCCACAACGUCUCCUUCCCAUGGAUCUGAUGCCGGUUUGGCCCUGAGGCUGGUGAACGGAGGUGACCGGUGUCAGGGCCGGGUGGAGGUCCUGUACCGAGGCUCCUGGGGCACCGUGUGUGACGACGCCUGGGAUACAAACGACGCCAAUGUGGUCUGCAGACAGCUGGACUGUGGCUGGGCCACGGCGGCCCCAGGAAGUGCCCGGUUUGGCCAGGGCUCAGGGCCCAUUGUCCUGGAUGACGUGAGCUGCUCAGGGCACGAGUCCCACCUGUGGAGCUGCCCCCACAGAGGCUGGCUGUCCCACAACUGUGCCCAUAGUGAGGACGCUGGUGUCAUCUGCUCAGGAUCUGAUGCCAGUUUGGCCCUGAGGCUGGUGAAUGGAGGUGACCGGUGUCAGGGCCGGGUGGAGGUCCUGUACCAGGGCUCCUGGGGCACCGUGUGUGACGACGCCUGGGAUACAAACGACGCCAACGUGGUCUGCAGGCAGCUGGGCUGUGGCUGGGCCACGUCAGCCCCAGGAAGUGCCCGGUUUGGCCAGGGCUCAGGGCCCAUUGUCCUGGAUGACGUGAGCUGCUCAGGGCACGAGUCCUACCUGUGGAGCUGCCCCCACAGAGGCUGGCUCUCUCAUAACUGCCAGCACAGUGAAGAUGCUGGUGUCAUCUGCUCAGCAGCCUCAGUAAAGCCGACUACUCCAGAUUGGUGGCACCCGACAACUGCAACCACUGUGGGACACUCUUCAAAUUGUGGUGGCUUCUUAACCAAUGCUAGUGGGACAUUCACCAGCCCCUUCUACCCUGGAUACUACCCCAACAAUGCUAACUGUGUCUGGGAAAUAGAAGUGCAAUAUGGUUAUCGCAUAAACCUGGGUUUCAACAGACUGCAGUUGGAGAUACACAGUAGUUGCGGUUUUGAUUAUGUUGAGAUCUUUGAUGGAUCAUUGAAUAGCAGUAAUUUGCUGGCGAAAAUCUGCAAUGACACUACGCAAAUAUUCACAUCUUCUUACAACCGAAUGACGAUUCGUUUUCGAAGUGACAUCAGUUUCCAAAACACUGGCUUUUUUGCCUGGUAUAACUCCUUUCCAGAAGACGCCAGAUUGAGAUUGGUCAGUUCAAACUCCUCCUACGGUGCAUGUUCCGGGCGUGUGGAAAUUUACCACAGUGGCAGGUGGGGGACGGUUUGUGAUGACUCCUGGAACAUUCACGCUGCCCAGGUGGUCUGCAGACAGCUGCAGUGUGGAUACGCAAUCUCUGCCCCGGGAAAUGCCUAUUUUGGCUCUGGCUCUGACCCCAUCGUCCUGGACGACGUGGUGUGCUCAGGGACAGAAUCCACCCUCUGGCAGUGCCAGAAUCGAGGCUGGUUCUCCCAUAACUGUGGCCACCAUGAAGAUGCUAGUGUCAUCUGCUCAGGAAACCCCCUGACAUCUGCUGCUGUUGACAUCACCCACCCAAACACCAAUUAUUCCUGCGGAGGCUUCCUGUCCCAGCCGUCGGGGAGGUUUUCCAGCCCGUUCUAUCCUGGGAACUAUCCGAACAACGCCAGAUGUACGUGGGACAUCGAGGUCAAAUACAACUACCGUGUGACUGUCAUCUUCAGCAACGUCCAGCUGGAAAGUGGCUGCAACUAUGAUUACAUUGAGGUGUUCGAUGGCCCCCACUACAGCUCUCCUCUCAUCGCUCGGGUUUGCGACGGGUCCAAUGGCUCCUUCACUUCGUCUUCAAAUUUCAUGUCAAUUCGCUUCAUCAGCGAUGGCAGCAUCACAAGGAGGGGGUUCCAGGCCGAGUACUACUCUAGCCCCUCCAACGACAGCACCAACCUGCUUUGUCUGCCAAAUCACAUGGAAGCCAGCGUGAGCAGGCACUACCUCCAAUCCUUGGGCUAUUCUGCCGGGGACCUUGUCAUUUCCAACUGGAACGGGAACCAGCAGUGUCAGCCCCAGAUCAUGCCGAGCAAGGUGAUAUUCACAAUUCCCUACUCGGGCUGUGGCACCGUCAAGCAGGUAGAAAAUGACACCAUCAACUAUUUCAACUUCCUCAAAGCAGCUGUCUCAAGUGGCGUCAUCAAAAGGAAGAAGGACCUCCACAUUCACGUCAGCUGCAAGAUGCUGCAGAACACCUGGGUCAACACGAUGUACAUCACUAAUGACACCAUCGAGGUCGAGGAAGUCCAGUACGGCAAUUUCGACGUGAACAUUUCCUUUUAUACAUCCCCCUCAUUCUUACAUCCUGUGACCAGUAGCCCAUACUAUGUGGACCUGGACCAGAAUCUGUACCUGCAGGCUGAGAUCCACCACUCCGAUGCCUCACUGGCCUUGUUUGUGGACACCUGUGUGGCAUCUCCGUACUCCAAUGACUUCACGUCUCUGACUUACGAUCUGAUCCGGAGCGGGUGCGUGAAGGAUGAAACCUACCACUCCUUCGCCCAGCCGUCUCCCCGCAUCAGCCGCUUCCAAUUCAACGCCUUCCGCUUCCUGAACCGCUUCCCCUCCGUGUACCUGCAGUGUAAGAUGGUGGUGUGCAGGGCGUACGACUACUCUUCCCGCUGCUACAGGGGCUGCGUGGUGAGGUCCAAGAGGGACCUGGGCUCCUACCAGGGGAAGGUGAACGUCGUCCUGGGACCCGUCCAGCUGCAGACGCCCCAGGCAGGGAAGAGCCUCGGCAGGGGGUCAUCCUUGGACCCCACUGCCCACCAGGGUGCAGACCCAUGACUGUUGGGGACUUGGGAUGUUUCUGUUGGUGCCAUGUUCUAACUGAAAUCGGGUACCUACUGUGUGCCAGGCACACUGUACUACGCCUUCCCCCAAGGCUCCUGGUGUAGGGCGUGGUGACCAGAGUUCUGCCUGGGCAGUGGUGGGCCUGGCGCCUUUGUCCUCUGGGUUCUGACCUCCUCAUCUGUAAAAUGGAAAUGUGAAUACUCAGCUCUUAGCUCUGUUGAGAGGGUCGCAUAAAGUAAUGCUGAUUAAACUGC